AUGAACUCAGGGUCUGAAUACACAUCUACCAGAUUUCUUUCAAUAGAUUCCUUUUUGCCUCCUUUCUUCUGUGUCUUGUCUCACCGUGUACCCGACCUCUACAACAAUCUUGUCUCAUCCAACAAUAAAUAUAAAAGCAACAUUGUUCCUCGUUUUCCCUCUUUCGGGAUUUUUUUCCCUCCUCCGUCUGAUCUCUUCCCCUUUUCAUCCUCUUUCUGUUUAAUUCGUCCUCUUUUUCAUCUUCCUCUCUCUCUCUCUCUCUCUCUCUCUCUCUAUCUAUCUAUCUAUCUAUCUAUCUAUCUAUCUAUCUCCCUCUCUUGCUAUCAUUUUGUUUUAUAUGUCUCUGUUCAUCUCGAUUUCUCCUUUGUAAUCGAAACUAAUAAUAUUAACAUUCUGUCAUCAAAUGUCUCAAUUUUUUCUUUUUUUAAAUGCAUUGAUUGCUCCCUCUUUUACUUGUAUUUAUUUUUUCCUAUCGGUUUACAAUUAGCAAUAUAUACACAUAUCUAUAUCAAUGUUCAAAUCUAUCUAUCUAUCUAUCUAUCUAUCUAUCCAUAUAUUUGCUUACACACUAUCUAUCUAUCUAAGUCUAGUGAUAAUGCUAAUUUGAGAAGCCCGAAACUGAUUACAUAA